AUGGCGCUGCCAGUGUCAACAGUCGCGCUGGAGAUAUUCGUAGACGCCAAUCCCGAAGUAUGGUUCUCGCGGCUACGAGACCAAGCACAUUGCAACGAUCUCAACCGAGCAAAAUCGGCGGUACGCCACCGAGAGAUGUUCCUCGUCGAUCUCCUGCAGAAACAUGCCGGCAAGCCCGAUGGCCAUUAUCUGAUCUCUGCUCAAACACACCCUUCCUUCCCCAGGGUCUUGGCAAGGGCUAUGUUCAAGGACAAGUCCGCGAUAUGGUCUCUCCCCCAUUGCAGCAACAUCACAUUGUCCAAAGAGGAGCAGGAGGAAGCCGACUUGACAAAACGAUCUCGCGGUCAAGUAGAGGCGAUGUCGGAAUAUGACAUGGUGAGACGGAUGCAUGAAGAGGGUUGGAUAGAGGAGGCAGGUCGUGCUCCGGUGACAGUUCCUGGGCCAGAAUGGCAAGUCAGUUUGCGAGAGGAGGUCGAUGAAGCGCUUGUCUCGGCCAUGGACGUGGAGACCAAGAUCUGUCAGCGUUUCCAGGAAGUUCGCAGAAGGGCCAAGAUGAGCCCAGGGACGCUGCCCUUAUGGGAGGAGUUGGAGAAGAUUGAGGAAGAAAUUCAGAAAGUCAAGCUUCUCAAGGGGCUUCUAGGGAGCCUGAACCGUUACCUCAACAGCCGAAACAGGUCGCAAUCUCCUCUGAAAGUAUUAAUGAUCGACCCAAUCAGGGCCUACCUCUCGACCACCGUACACCUGUUCUGGGCCAUAGCCAACCUCUUUCAACUGGCCUCCUCAUCGUGUUUAGAGAUGCCCAAGCCAAACAAGGAGAAGGUGAGAUCGGAUGGGGGUGGAAUUCUGAGGCGAUAUGUGGCGGCCGUGCUGUGCGCGGAAAAGGGAAGCCAGAUAAUCGACGCCCAAGAGGGUAGGAAAAGGAUCAUGGAGACCAUCAAGGCUGGAUCGAGAGGCACCUACAUUGAUCCAGCACUUCAUUGUGGGGACUGGUGGUAG